GUGGGAAAGCGGCUUGGGCUUGCAAACAACGAUUCGUCAAAGAAGAAGAGAGUGCCACAGACAUGCUUCAGCUUCGAGAGCUUCUUGACGAAGAAGGAGGUGGCUGACCUUCAUGGCAGUGCAAGUUCUCUCUCGAAAGUGAACCUGCUGGCGAAGAGAGCUGCUCUGAUUGGACUGACGAAUCCAAACGAGCAGACGGUGGGCCACGUGGUGAGACUCCUGGCGGGCUUGGGGGUUCCUGAGUUGAAGAACCAGAAGUUGUUUCAUGCGGCAGUGCAGGACUUCAAACAAUGUCUGAAGAGCAACAUCAAAUCACUCGGCUACCCGCAGGAUCACAUUAAAUCAUUUGAUGGCCCUGAGAACCUUCCUGAAGAGGUCAAGAAGCGUGCCUAUACAGAAGAUGACGAGAUGGUUGAGGCUGGGGACAUCAAGACUGACGACAUGGCUGUGGUCAAAGUUUUGAGGAAGAGCCAUAGAACUGUCAAGGAUGCUGCACCUUCGUCGUCUUCCACGGCUCUGGUGGCAGCUCCUGGUCCAGUCAGCAGCAUGGGUAGCCUGCGUGAGCUUGUUGAGUUGGCUGUGCAGGGCAUGAUGCAGCAACGUCAGCCACCUCCUGUGGACUUGCCCGGCUUCAAGUUCCUCGGCUCCAAGGCAAAAGAGACGGUUGCAACCAAAGAGGAACCUCCCUCGAACAUGCCGGAGAAGGCAACGGCUGCCCUUCCAGAAGUGCACAGUCCUGAUGCUGCUAGUGAGCCUGAGAAUGACAAUGACAAGGUGGAGCCGCUGUCGGCCAAAGAGCAGGCUGAUGCAAUGCUGAAGGCAUUCAAG